UAUUAACAAGUCUAGUAGCAUUGCAUCUAUAGAAACUAGCCAAUUGAAACCUCUACGUUUCUCAAACUCCAUCAAUGCAAAGCGGGAGAGAUGAUUGGCGGAAGGACCGCAAGAAAUGUAGAAUCUCAUGAAUAUGAUACGUUCACAUGGGAACAUCUUACCUAGCUAGUACUAUCAUCAUCAACAUAUAGCCUAAAAUAUAUCACCAGCGUUCAUCGGACUCCAGCCAACAAGUUAUAGAUCAUGGACGAUAUAGCCCAUCCUCCAGCUCGUCUGCAAGCCGCUUCAUCAGUCCCAAUCUCCUCCAGACACGCUCUUUCUCGCGUCAAUAAUUUUCUCGACGAUUUUCAAGCUCGUAGUACACCCUCCAAGGGUAGUGAUACUUCAAUCACUGCCCAACUCCAGAAGCUGAGUAAAGCGCUUGAACAGGAGUGCAUCCGACAAUCAAAAUGAUCUUGUCACGAGAUUUGGGACCAGUGUAUGGGAGAUGGUCGAAAAGUGCCAACCUUAGCCUCACGUAGACUAGAAGGAGAUGUUUGAAGCACACAGCGAGGCCAUAGAUCAAAUUCAGUUUUUCAUGCGUAUAGCAUGCAUUCACGUCCCGCGCAGGUCCGACGUACCAAGGCCCAGUGGUACUUACAUCAAGAUCGCAAAUACCGGUGAUAAAUCUGUCAGAUUUGACACCUAUACCUGACCAUCGAACUAGAGCCCCCCUUUGUUACUGUCACGGGCUCCCUUCUUGGCGUACAUUGGC